CGCGGUUGCUUAGUCUGAUCGAAGAUGAAGUUUUCCCUGGGCUUGCUAGUGCUCCUCUUAGGCGCCGCUUUGGUGGCAGCCGACCGUGACUAUGAGGGCUAUCGCAUUUAUGAGGUAACCCCUUCGACCAUGGAUCAGGCAAAGUUCCUACAUCAACUCAGCUGAGGCUUCGAUUUCCUUAGCGAAAGUCGUGUUUUGGGACAUCCUUCCCGAGUUGUCAGCCCCAAACAGCUGGAGCAGUUCCAGGAACUCGUUGAGAACCAUCAGAUAGCCAGUAGGGUCAUUAACUUCAACCUGGGCGCUUCUAUUGCCGAGGAGUUUACCCAAAGGAAUCAGCGACUCCUGAGUCCCAUUACGGGCAAGGGUCGCUUGAGCACCGAGCGCUAUUACAACCACGAGGAGAUCAUAAACUACAUCGAUGACUUGGCCCAACGGUUUCCCCAUCGUGUCUAUGUGAAAACAGUGGGAUGGUCCUACGAAAAACGAGUCCUGAAGACCAUUACCAUUACGAAUGGCGACGGUAAGGCCGGCAAGAAGGUGAUCUUCAUGGAUGGUGGCUUCCAUGCCAGAGAAUGGAUCUCCCCGGCGGCGGUUCUGUAUGUUAUUGAUCAGCUUGGACAGUUUGAGCAGAAUGCUCACCUGCUGCAGGACUACGAUUGGGUAUUAUGCCCCUGUCAAUCCGAUGGCUAUGAGCAUUCCCAGACCGGAACCCUUGCCCGGAUGUGGCGUAACCGUCAGCCUUACAACUAUGCCGGACAGACCUGUUACGGAGCAGAUCCCAACCGUAACUUUGCGUUCCACUGGAACGAGGAAGGCGCCUCAUCGAAUCCCUGCUCGGAUACCUAUGCCGGUCCCUAUGCCUUCUCCGAACCCGAGACGAUCGUAGUGCGGGAUUUGAUGCAUUCUCUGGCGGAUCGUGGCAUUAUGUACCUCACCAUUCACUCUUAUGGCAACUAUCUGCUGUAUCCUUGGGGUUGGACUUCCGAUCUGCCCGAUAACUGGGAAGAUCUGGAUGCUGUUGCCCGCACUGGAGCCGAGGCCAUUGAGACCGCCACUGGCACCGUCUACACAUAUGGAUCUUCUACCAAUGUCCUCUACAUUGCAGCUGGUGCCAGUGAUGAUUAUGGUUACUAUGCUGGAUUCAAUGUGUCCAUCACCAUGGAACUGACUGGAGCUGGAAGCAUUGGAUUCAAUCCACCAGUAACUCGCAUCGAUGAGUUCGUCAAGGAGACCUGGAUCGGUAUCCGUGCCAUGGCCGAGAAGCUACUUGAGAUGUACUAAGAGCUUUUAUUUUGUACAUUAAUAAAUUUACACCUUUCUUGGUUCUGGCUCAGUAAAAUGUUAGUUGUUAAUCAUGAAAAUCUAGUAAUCUUUAGCUCUCCCUUCAAAUAAAAAUUGACCUAUGUACUGCUGCUUAGCUAUAGAAUCAGUCUAAAUCGUAAACCCGGUCGGAGUACAACAAUUUUUACAGAAAAAUUUUUAGAAAAAUUCGAUUUGAUUGUAUUUUUAGGUAAAAUUUUUACACUUACAGUCUAGUUUUAAAUUAUGAAUACGUUGAAUCCAUUUGGUCGUGAGGGUUUCUCUGGAGACGAAAUGACAAUGGCUUUUACAACUUCCUCGAGAAUUACACAGUGCGAGUAACGGAGGCAGCCGCACGCUACUGGGGCAGUAUGCCCGAACGUAAGCGAGAUUUGUUUUCUCCUGUAUACGGCGGGCAAAGCAGCCCCUGUGAUCGAAUGAAGUGUUCGAAAACGAAAAAGAAGAAGUCUUCCGCCAAGCGAAAGAGGAAGUGCUCAAAGCCUAAGAAGGCCUGUGCUGUGAAGAGGAAAAGUGCAAAGCCAAAGUGCCCCAAGCCAAUGCCGGUUUGUCCCAAGCCAAACCCGAGUUGCCCCAAACCUAAGCCACCACCGUGUUGCCCCUUACCGAAGCCACCACCGUGUUGCCCAGUACCUGAUCCACUGGCUUGCUGCCCUAAACCGAGGUGCCCCAAACCAAGGUGUCCACCGAAGUGCCCCAUGCCGUGUUGUCCCUAGGCAUGCCGAUGAUAAACUAGGUUGAGCCAUAGAUGCCUGAAGUCCCGGAGAGAGCCCCCUUAAAGGAAUUGUAACAUUUAGGAAAUAAAAAGUCGCACCACUACGUAUACUUAA